UCCAGGUCUGGGAAUGCAAUUCCGGGGCUGGGAAUGCAAUUCCAGGGCUAGGAUGCAAUUCCAGGGCUGGGAAUGCAAUUCCAGGGCUGGGAUGCAAUUCCAGGGCUGCUUCGUGUUCCAGCUGCUGACUUCUUGCUAAACAGUAAAUUAAAUAACAGCAAAUCCAUGGUAUGGGCGAGCCUGGCCAUGCAGGGGGGUGAGGGGUUCUGUCAGGGUGAAGAAUUAUUGCUGCAGAAUACCUUAAAUAUGGUUAUUUGUGGGUGUUUUGGCAGGUUUUUCAGCUGGACUGGGACCAUUCCCUUUUCUGUGUGGUGGUGCCUUGUAUUUCCCUGUUUUUGUGUGUUUGCAUGAUCAAAAUAGGAGCUGAACACAAACACAAAAGGGGAAUACAUUCUUUUAGCUGCUGGACAGCUUUUUUUUUUUUUGAUUAUUUUAAAUAUUUCAAUUCUUCCAUGUAUAAUUUGUACUCCAAAAUUGUGACAGGGAAACUGUUGUUGUCUCUGAUCUUGCCUUUUGCACAUGCACUUUAAUUAGUUUCUUUCAGUUAUUUUUUCCAGUGUGGAGUGAUAAUAGGAGAGCUUAUUUAUCUCUUCGUGGGUAAGAGGUUUCUCAGCCCCUUCUCCUCCCUGUCACUGCUAUUGUAUUCUGUAUUUAAACGCUGGCAACCCAUUUGAUUAUUUCAAAUUAGGCACUUUUAAGUGGGCUCACCUGCAAGUGAGGUGUCAUUUAAGGAGCUGUGCAAACGGUGAACUUAUUAUUAAGCUAAAAGGAGCCGAGAUCUUGCAGAUCAUGCAGCAAAUCAAAAGCUGCUGUGCUCGGGGGUGGGGGGGCUGCAGCGUUCCCUGGAGAACAAUGGGAUUCUUUCCCCGUGGCCCAGGAUCCUGACACGUUCCUACCCUCCACCUCUCAGCAGCGCAGCGCUGGGGGCUGAACAAAGAGCUGCUGCACCCUGGCAGUGCUCAAGGAGCUGAAAUUAGAGCAGGUGCCUCUAAUUAGGGCAGCCACCCGAGGGCUCCGGUGUCACGAUGUGCACGGGACUCUGGGGAGAGGAGGAGCGAGCAUUCUGCACUCCUGGGGAGCGUGGGCAGCGGCUGCCAGAGCUGGGGAAGUGCUGAGGGUUCCGGGGGGCUCAGCCUGUCCCCCUGCUCACCUGGGGAGCUCUGAGCUCUCCAGAGGCUGAGCCUGUCCCAGCGAGGAUCUCCCGUUUCUCCUGUGCUCCUCUGUGCAUCCACAGCACAGGAAUCUGCUCCAGCCCCACUGGCAGAGGGAAUGGGAAUGGGAAGCUGCUCCCUGCCAGAGCCUGGCACAGCAGGACUGGGCUGCUCCCCAGGAAUUGCACUGCACAAAAGGAGUUUAAGAACUUUUAAAACUUCGUCUCAAAUAAGCCAGUUGUGUUCCCUAGUUAGCUGUGUUUGUUUCUAUUUCAGCCGCUGUUCAGUUCUCUCAAACCCUUGAUGUGGAAUCACAGAGUAUCCUGGGUGGGAAGGGAUCCACAGGAGCCAUCAGUCCAGCUCCAGGCCCUGCACAGGCACCCCAACAAUCAGAUCGUAUUUUACUCCAGAACAAACAAAAAGUGACGGUUGUGGGUUUUUUUAAUUCAGAGUUGAAUCUAGCAUAGAAUAUUAAUGAGCAUUUGAAGGUCCUGGAAUUCACUUGCAUGAAAAAGCGCAGCAGAUGGACCCGUCGUCGCCGCCGUUCCUGCUGGCCAAGCUGACCCCCCUGCACUCGGAGCAGCUCCUGCAGGGCCUCAACCUCCUGCGGCAGCACCAGGAGCUCUGCGACGUCGUGCUGCGCGUGGGCGAGGCCAAGAUCCACGCGCACAAGGUGGUGCUGGCCAGCAUCAGCCCCUACUUCAAGGCCAUGUUCACCGGGAACCUGUCGGAGAAGGAGAACGCCGAGGUGGAGUUCCAGUGCGUGGACGAGGCGGCGCUGCAGGCCAUCGUGGAGUACGCCUACACCGGCACCGUCUUCAUCUCGCAGGACACCGUGGAGUCGCUGCUGCCCGCCGCCAACCUGCUGCAGGUCAAGCUGGUGGUCAAGGAGUGCUGCGCCUUCCUGGAGAGCCAGCUGGACCCCGGCAACUGCAUCGGCAUCUCGCGCUUCGCCGAGACCUACGGCUGCCACGAGCUCUAUCUGGCCGCCAACAAGUUCAUCUGCCAGAACUUCGAGGACGUGUGCCAGACCGAGGAGUUCUUCGAGCUGACGCACUCGGAGCUGGACGAGAUCGUGUCCAGCGACUGCCUGAACGUGGUGACGGAGGAGACGGUGUUCUACGCCCUGGAGUCCUGGAUCAAGUACGACGUGCAGGAGCGCCAGAAGUACCUGGCGCAGCUGCUGCACUGCGUGCGCCUGCCCCUGCUCAGCGUCAAGUUCCUCACGCGCCUCUACGAGGCCAACCACCUGAUCCGGGACGACCACACCUGCAAGCACCUGCUCAACGAGGCCCUCAAGUACCACUUCAUGCCCGAGCACAGACUGUCCCACCAGACCAUGCUGCUGACGCGGCCCCGCUGCGCGCCCAAGGUGCUCUGCGCCGUGGGGGGCAAGGCCGGGCUCUUCGCCUGCCUGGAGAGCAUGGAGAUGUAUUUCCCCCAGAACGACUCGUGGAUCGGGCUGGCCCCUCUGAGCAUCCCCCGCUACGAGUUCGGGGUGUGCGUGCUGGAGCAGAAGAUGUACGUGGUGGGAGGCAUCGCCACCCACGUGUGCCAGGGCAUCAGCUACAGGAAGCACGAGAGCUCGGUGGAGUGCUGGGACCCCGACACCAACACGUGGAGCUCCCUGGAGAGGAUGUUCGAGAGCCGCAGCACGCUGGGCGUGGCCGUGCUGGCCGGGGAGCUCUACGCCCUGGGCGGCUACGACGGCCAGUCCUACCUGAGGAGCGUGGAGAAGUACAUCCCCAAGGUCAAGGAGUGGCAGCUGGUGGCCCCCAUGAGCAGGACAAGGAGCUGCUUCGCCGCCGCCGUGCUGGACGGCAUGAUCUAUGCCAUCGGGGGGUACGGGCCUGCCCACAUGAACAGCAUGGAGCGCUACGAUCCGAGCAAGAACUCCUGGGAGACCGUGGCCUCCAUGGCUGACAAACGGAUAAACUUUGGGGUGGGGGUCAUGCUGGGCUUCAUCUUCGUGGUGGGGGGACACAAUGGGGUGUCCCACCUGUCCAGCAUCGAGAGGUACGACCCCCACCAGAACCAGUGGACGGUGUGCCGGCCCAUGAAGGAGCCCAGGACAGGCGUGGGGGCGGCGGUGAUCGAUAACCACCUGUACGUGGUGGGGGGGCACUCGGGCUCCUCCUACCUGAACACGGUGCAGAGGUACGAGCCCAUCUCGGACUCGUGGCUGGACUCGGCGGGGAUGAUGUACUGCCGCUGCAACUUUGGCCUCACGGCCCUCUGAGCCCGCUGCCCGGCCUUCAGCUCGGCCUGGCCUGGGGCGAGGAGGGGACCCGCUGCUCCCCAGGGACCCUUUGCUGCUGCAGAGGGAGCUCCGUGCCCGGCUGCGUUCGGCGCCCUGCUCGCGGCUGUGGGACCGGGAGAGAGCUGGGAUCCAGCUGGAAUCGUGUCCAUCCGACCCUCCCGAGGGCUUUUGUCUCUUCCUCCUCUGGAACGCGGCGUUGCCCGUGCUGGGGGAAGCUGGGUGAGCGCAGGGGGCUGACCCCGGGCUGUGGCUGCGCACGGGGACAGCGCCAGUGCUUCACGGGGUUUUUUAUGACCGGUAACUCAAGGGCUGCCUUGUUUCUGUAUCUCAAGGUUUGUACAUAAUAAAUGCCAUAGGAUGUUGCCUGUACUCUCCUUUGUCACCUGCUUCCUGGUAGGAGGGAUGGGAUGAUCCUUGGAGACAUUUUACGAGGCAAAUUUAUUGCCUCCUCGGGACAUUUUUGGAUCUGACGAAGCGAAUUUGCAUUUUUAACUGUUUCCCUUCUGUUUUCUGCUGGUGGAGAAACGAGUGCUAGAUGAACUGACUUCAUCCCGCCGCGUGCUUUCAGUUGGAAUGCGAGGAGGAAUCACAGCAGCAGCAUUCCUAGCAUGAUUCCCCAACAAAACCUCCAAGCCAGCCCGUCCCGUCCUCCCGAGCGCGCUCGUGUCCGUGUUCCCUUUUUUUCAAGGACUGUAUGGUUGCUUCCUCUGAGUGUUCCCAUCUCACAAUGGUGCUAAAUGUAGGGGUACCCCCGAGGCUGUUCCUGGUUUCGGUGCAUAAAGCAUGUUUGGAUUGUUCCACUGGUUUGGUUUCUUCUUUGCUCCAUGCCCCCGUGCCCCUGCAGCUCUGCAGUCCCACCCCCUGUGGAAUGAGCUCCCUGGUGGCUGUUUAGUGGGGGUUUUCAGGUUUAUGGUUAUUGCUCCCAUUCUCACAAAUGGGGAGAUCUCAGCUCGGGCUCUUCAGGCAGUUCUGCCUUUCACACCAGUGCAGGGAGUUCAGACAGGGCUCAUCCCAAACGUGUGUCCUGCCGAGGGGCAGGUCCUGGGGUUAACCACAGUCCCACUGGGUUAAUCACACAGCCCUGAGCUCAGUGGAAACUGGGCCAGAGAGAGAGAAAGCGAUGCUGUGGGUUAUAACCAUCAUUUUAAAAUGGAAUUUAACUAAUUUAGCACAUUUUGGGUUGUCUUCUGAUCUCAAUUACCUUAAAUUUCUGUGCUGGCUGCCCAUUGCCAGGCCUAGUACUAAGGUUUUUUGCCUCCAGAGUUUCUUUUCUCUUUCUUUUAACAUGUUUGGUGUUUGUUUUCCCAGCCCACGCAGUGUUAUUUUGAAAGGUGCAAUAAUAUUUGAAAUAGCUGCUUUAAAAGCUGUUUCUUUAUGAUUUUGCUAAAUGGGGAGGGUUGAACGCUCUGGAUUUAUCCUGAAUUCCUGCAGAGCUGGUUGCAGCCAGAGCUGCUCUAGUUCUUCCAUUCCAGCCACUGAGAUUUCACCAUUCCAGGAGGGUGUUGUCACCAUAAAACAUCAUUCACAGACCAUAAAAUCCUGCAGGUCUCCUCCAGAUUUGGUGGAACUGAGCAGGACUUCAAAUGUAAAUAAGAGAAACUGCAUUGAAAAUGCUGGAAUUGUUAAUUUGACCCACAGGGAUUCUUUCCAGUGACAGCAAUAAAAACCUGAUUUCAUUAUUCCAGGACAGGAGGGGUUCCUUGGCUGUAUUUCCAUGUUUGUGUGUGGGGAGGAGAAGGAAUCAUGGAAUCCCAGGAUGGUUUGGGUUGGAAGGGACCUACAACCCACCCAGUGCCAGCCCUGCCAUGGCAGGGACACCUCCCACUGUCCCAGGCUGCUCCAGCCCCAGUGUCCAACCUGGCCUUGGGCACUGCCAGGGAUGGAUCACAACAAAAAAAAAAAUCCAUAAACAACAAAAGCAUCAUUAAAAAACCCUAUAAAUCACAACAACAACAACAACAAAAUCCAUAUUAUGGUGAUUAUUUAUAUCAACAUCUUCCAUUUAUGGAAAUCAAAGCACUGAAAAUUGCAAAAUGUUUCAUUCCCUUUCUGCAGGCAGUGGGAAUGAAAAACCCCACAAUGGUUUGGGGUUAAAGGGGCUUUAAAGACCACCCUGUUCCACCCCUUUCCCUGGGGAAUCCUUCCACUGGAAUGGGGUCAGAGGAGGUGAAUGAUGCCCUGGAUUGACCCUGUGCUGUGGAUGUGACAUUGCCCACUGGAGAGAGCAGCAGAAACUGUUUUUUACUCUGCAGGAGAAAUGCCUAAAGAAUUUUCCUGCUGUGUUUGCUGAACUCCUUAACCUGGAGAGGGAUCAGCUUAGGGGCCGUGUCCCUUAAAUUCACUCCAUCCCCGUUUCUGUCCUGUCCCUUCAGUGCCUGGGCAGAGGGAGACCAGGCACAACAAUCAGGGUAAAGCUGACUGGGAACUCAGCAAUCCCAUGGGAAUGCCUGGCUGGGAGCUGCAAAACCAAGGACCUGCAGCUAAGAUGUGACAAUUCCCAAUUUUCAUCCAGUCCCAGUUCCUUGUCUCUCGAAUUGCACUUUGCAACGGGUUAAAUGAGUUUAUUUGUCUCCAUACAGCUCAGAAAUUCUGCUUUGUCAAAGAUAGUAAUCUACAAGCUCCUCCUAGGCAUGUUUCCCUUCCAGAAAGUGGUGGAAUUUUUGUCCAUGUUACAAAUAUUGUUUCUGGGAGAUAAUAUUGCUUCAGUGAACUUCCCAUCCACAAAUCCCCAUUCACUGUAGGAAACAGUGCAAAACAUCCCCCAAAUUGCCUUCAGUUCUUUCCAUUGACCUGAAACACAAAGAACUGCAUGAUAAUUCCUAUUUUUUCUCUCUCUUUUUUUUUUUUUUUUUUUUUUUUUUUUUUUUUUUUUUUUUUUUUUUUCCUUAUGUAGCGUGCUGUGUUUUAAACCCAAGGAAAACUCGGAUUUUUAGCAGGAUUUAAUAAUUGUACAGGGAAUUUUCUACUCGGGCUUGGCCAGAGUGCUUUGGCUGGGGGUAAGAACUGAUCCCUGUAGAUUUGUGGUUUUACCUGUAAAUAUUUAUAUUUUUUUUAAACAUCAACAUCCUGGUUUUGUUUUGUCUACAAAAGUGGCCUUUGAGUUCCACAGGGUGAGAGCUGAGCCGUGUGGGGAUUCUCUGGCAGUUCCCAGGGUGUUGUUCUUGUGCUCUCCAAGCAUUGUUGUGAUGAUUCCAUUGGAUGUGAAGCUGUUUAAUGAAAUAAACCUGGGAAAUCCUG